ACAUCAGACCGGGGUUGGCUGCUGUUGCAGCAGAGGACGCGAGAGAUGCGCAGAUCAGUGCUUUAAAAGGGGGAGGGAUGGGAUGGACGGCUCGAGAUGAAACCAAAAAGCCUGUAUGGUGAUCAAUAUCUGAGCGUUUUGUUGCAUAUCGCCGCAGUACUUUACAGGUGUAGACUCGAGUAUUCUCAUACGGAUUGACUAAAACGGAGCCACAUGUCACAUGUGCUUCAUAGGAAGAGACGGGGCAUCAUCUGCUGCAAGCCGGAUCUGGAGGAGGAUGCUGCGGCAAGUGAUACACAGAGGGUUGAAAUCUUCUUUCUACUGGCUGGGUUUGUUCGUGAGCAGGCAUCCGGUUUUCUUUCUCACCGUCCCCGCGGUGCUGACCAUCAUCUUCGGGUCUACGGUGCUCAGCAGGUUUAAACCCGAAACCGACCUGGAGAUCCUGGUGGCCCCGACGCACAGCCUGGCGAAGAUCGAGCGGAGUCUCGCCAACAGCCUUUUCCCCGUCGAUCAGUCCAAACACAAGCUGUACUCGGACCUGCACACCCCCGGCAGAUAUGGCAGGCUCAUACUGCUGGACAGAUCCGGGGGAAACAUCCUGGAGCUCGCCGAGCAGGUGCUCCGGGUGCACAAGAGAGUGCUGGAUAUGCGCGUCAAUUACAAAGGCUUCAAUUACACUUUCGCGCAUCUCUGCGUCCUGAGCCACCGGGACAAGAGAUGCUUGCUGGAUGAUAUCAUCACCAUAUUUGAAGACAUUCGGUUGGCUGUUCUUUCCAAUAGCACUUUUGCCAAGGUCCCUGUGAGCUAUCCUAAUACAACGUUAAAGGAUGGUCGAGUGUCCUUCAUCGGCCAUCAGCUGGGUGGCGUGGCCUUGUCCGCGAACAGCCGCGACCAACAGGUCAAAUUCGCCCGCGCCAUCCAGAUCACCUACUACCUCCGGAACCUCGGCCCAGUCGUGCAGGACAUCAUUGCCGAGAGUUGGGAAAGGGAAUUCUGUAAGCUGGUGCACCAGCUGGCUACGGACAGCCAGGAGCUACACAUUCAGUCUCUCACAUCCUUCAGCCUGUGGCGGGACUUUCACAAGACGGGCGUGCUGGCCAAGAGCGAGGUUUUGGUCAGCUUGGUUCUGGUCCUCCUGGCUGCGACCAUCUCUAGCUCCAUGCGGGACUGCCUGCGGGGGAAGCCCUUCUUGGGUCUGUUGGGCGUCCUCACCAUCUGCAUCGCCAACGUGACGGCAGCUGGGAUUUUCUUCAUCUCGGAUGGGAAGUUUAACUCUACGCUGCUUGGGAUACCCUUUUUCGCCAUGGGACAUGGAACCAAGGGGGUCUUUGAACUUCUGGCCGGCUGGAGAAGAACCAGAGAGAGUUUGCCCUUCAAAGAGAGAGUGGCGGAUGCUUUUGCCGACGUGAUGGUGUGUUACACCAUGACCAGCUCCCUCUAUAUCAUCACAUUCGGCAUGGGCGCCAGUCCGUUCACCAAUAUCGAAUCCGUGAAGGUCUUCUGCCAGAGCAUGUGCGUAGCAGUCCUGGUGAACUACUUCUAUGUCUUCUCCUUCUACGGUUCCUGUUUGGUAUUUGCCGGGCAGUUGGAGCAGAACCGCUAUCAUAGUGUAUUCUGCUGUAAGAUCCCCUCCGUGGAGUACCUCGACCGCCAGCCCACCUGGUUUAAAACCAUGAUGAGCGACGGUCACGACCUCUCCACGCACCACGACAGCGUCCCGUACCAGAACCACUUCAUUCAGCACUUCCUGAGGGAGCAUUACACGGAAUGGAUUACCAACACUUACGUCAAGCCUUUUGUGGUUAUCCUCUACCUGAUUUAUGCCUCUUUUUCUUUUAUGGGUUGUUUACAGAUCAGCGACGGAUCCAACAUUAUUAACCUGCUAGCUAGUAACUCGCCCAGCGUCUCGUUCGCGUUGACCCAACAAAAGUACUUCAGCAACUACAGUCCAGUGAUUGGCUUUUACAUCUACGAACCCAUCGAGUACUGGAACUCCACCGUGCAGGAGCACCUGAAGACGUUAGGCCAGGGUUUUAAUAAGAUUUCAUGGAUCGAUAACUACUUUCACUAUCUGAAGGUCGUCAAUGUCAGCGCAUCAACCAAAAGCGAUUUUAUUAACAUCCUCAAGACUUCGUUUCUCCGAAGCCCCGAGUAUAAACACUUUGUGGACGACAUCAUUUUCUCCAAAAACGGAGAUGAGUAUGACAUCAUCGCGUCCAAGAUGUACCUGGUCGCCAGGACGACCGAGAAGACCAGGGAGGAGGUCGUGGAGCUGCUAGAAAGACUUCGACCACUUUCCCUCAUAAACAGCAUUAAGUUUAUCGUCUUCAACCCGACCUUUGUGUUCAUGGACCGCUACAGUUCCUCCAUCGUCUCCCCCAUCCUCACGUCAGGUUUCAGUGUGUUGACCAUUCUCAUCCUCACCUUUUUCCUGGUCAUCAACCCGCUGGGAAACUUCUGGUUGAUCUUGACCGUCACUUCUGUGGAGCUGGGCGUCUUGGGUCUCAUGACGCUCUGGAAUGUAGACAUGGACAGCAUCUCUAUUCUGUGCCUUAUUUAUACUCUCAACUUUGCCAUGGAUCACUGUGCCCCCCAUCUGUACACAUUCGUACUGGCCACUGAGCACACAAGGACUCAGUGCAUAAAAAUUUCAUUGGAGGAACACGGGGCGGCCAUUUUGCAGAACACCUCGUGUUUUGUGAUCGGGAUAAUGCCCCUUCUUUUCGUGCCUUCUAACCUGACCUAUACGCUGUUCAAAUGCUCCCUGCUCACGGCCGGAUGCACAGUGCUGCACUGUUUCGUCAUCCUGCCCGUGUUUUUGACGUUUUUUCCGCCCUCGAAAAAACGGCACAAGAAAAAGAAACGAGCCAAAAGGAAAGAGCGGGAAAGAGAGAGGGAGAGAGAGGAAAUCGAGUGCAUCGAAGUCAGGGAAAACCCUGACCACGUGACCAACGUUUGAAAGGCACGUGCGAGUGCAGGUACAAACAGAGCAGGUCCUGUCCACAAGGGGGCGAUGUCACGCAGCAUAGGUCGAGAAGUGACCAAGUUGUGGCGUUCUCUCCCUUUCUCUCUCUGCUGGGGCGGCACUCACGACCCCAGUGAUCAACAGCAGUGCUGUCCAGAGUUAAAAACAACCCCACACAUCUUGUGCACCCUUCAUCCAGAACAGUGUAUAACAUCUGCAGCUGCUAGCUUAUGUCGGCCAUUCAUUUGACAGGCUCAAGAAGGUUGUUUAGAUAAAACUAGAUGAGACUAUCGAAGGCAUAAAAUGUUUCACUCCAAAAAUUCCAGCAUGAAUCCAAGUAGAGAUUGAACUAAACCUUAUUUUUAGAUCUACAUCAUGUUUUUGAUAUGCAAGCGAGUGGUGUGCAUAUCUGUAGUGGUUUACUUGCGUUUUGUAAGAGCGGACACAGUGCUCUUAUUAAGCAACAACAUAAUUCCUUUUGAUCAGUCUGUGGUUAUGCAUCCUCACAUUUUUCCAGCCUUGUGCUUAUAUAACGAAUCUGAUUCAGACCGAUUCUAUUUAAAAGUAACUUAGUAGCAAUCGGAAGUAGCACUUUUCAGCCUCCAUCAAAUUAUGCAACACUCUCCUAAAAAUAAAAGUUGGCAUGCAUUUAUCAAAAUAUCCUGUAGCAAAAUCUAAUAGUAUGUUUGUCAUUUCUCCUGUAGCAGUUAUGUAGACAUAUUUACUGAGAUUAAAAUUAAUGCAAAAUCACAAGGUGAAAAAUAUUUUCCAUUAUUAAUGGACGAUAACGAUACGCUGAAUAGGGUGCUUUUUAUUUAUUUAUAUUUAAUUUUUUUAAUCUGUCAAGUUUGACAUUUAGGUGCAAUUCAGACUUAAUAUAUAUAUUUUUCUCUUCAGAGUAAACAAACAGGGUUGUGUUGACAAAAGGUGCUUUCUGUAAACACCACAAAUUUAAGAGUUUUACCUGUAUAUCCCAUUUUAAAAAGAUUUACUAAAACACCCAAGCUUCUCAUUCACGAGAUAAAAGAUGUGUAGCAUGUUUUAACGCUGCAUUAAUACAGUCUGUUAGUUAGUUAGUUAGUUUGUUUGUUUGCUUGUUUGUCACCAAACCGUAAACUUGCUUAAACUGAAACAUAAAAAAGACAAUGAAUUUGACUUUACUUUUACUAAUAAUUGUUAUUUUUUUCCAAAGCGGUUCACUGAUGGAUGUUGUCUAAAAUGUGUUGAAUCACAUGGGAAGUAUUGUUAUUUUAAUGUAGCAUGUCUUCUGUCUGUAUUUGUUUGUUUGUUUGUGCGUUUGUGGGGAUAAGCAAUGCAGAUGAUAUACACUGUGUUCACGCUGAAGAAGAUACCUUGCACAAAAUCGAUAAAAAGAUGCAUUCUGGUGGAAAAGAGUGUCUGUUAUGUCAAAAGUGUCGCAGGCGUAUUAGACAUCACAUGACACAAUGUUGUGUAUUAGCAUAGUAGGCGAGUUUGAUCUGUAUGGGUCCUAAAGUACUGACAUACAGCACCACCUGUUGUUUGCUUGUGGGGAAACAGAAGACAAAUGGUAAUGUAGAAAAAAUGUCUUCAUUGAUCUUGCACAGAUAAAUGAUUUCAAUGCUCUGCAGAGAUGGCAAAAUGAGAUCCUGAAGUCUCUCAAUGUUUUGAUGAUCACAGAUUAAAAUAUUUCAUAUAAAUAUUGAUUCAAACUCUAAUUGUCCUGAUUAACAUAUUGGAAUAAACAGUGCAAUGCCAAAUCAAACAUGCAGCACAACUGGUUUUGUGCCUUCCAGUUUAAGCUGAUCCUGGGUCAGUUGUUGAAAUGUAUGCCUCAACAUAGUGUAGAUCGCUGGCCAAAAAUUGUGGGAAAGUCCAAGCGGCAUGUAUACCCUACACAUUUUAUGAUCAUUGGACUGUGCAAACUUUUGUUUUUUUGUAUGUGUUUGUAUGACAUGUACUAGCCAGAGCCUUAUUGAUCCACUUAUUGAUGACUGGCGUCAUUGUAAAGUCAUUCCAAAGGCGAAGGGUCUUUUGUUGAAGUUUUUACUAACCAGAGUUUACUUGAGAGGUUGAGAUAAAUGGACCAAAUGUUUGGCACAGUCUUGGGGAGAAGAGAUAAAGUCCAUUACAAUCCACAAUUGGUUCGCUACAAAACGCUUCAUUAACAAAUGCUGAGCUAAUGCUUUUAUAGGCUGUUUAAGGACAAAAAGUUACAGAUAUCAGGUACCUCUAAUAAAUGGCCACUUUGUUAGAUGCAACAUCUCAAUCAAAACAGGUUUCAUUAGUAGUAGCUACUGUAAUAAAAGAUGUGUGAAGAGUAGUGUCUAAAAUUAUGACAUCCCAUGUUUUGUAACAGUACAUUCACACGAGACGGAAGCGUUAACGCUUGACGGAAGGCUUUUCUGAAGCGUGGCCAACAGCCAAUCACAGUGGCCGCAACACAUGCUCGGUCUUCCAUAAACGUAAUUGGCUGGCUCUGCCUAGGUAAUAUGCAUAAGAUAAUCUGAUUGGCUGAAAUGUUCGACUUCUGCCGCGAGCAACGUCAGUGACGCGGUGCCGACGGAUCCACAAUUCAGUUCGGCAACGCACAAUGUCACCCAUUAACGGUACAUCCACACAGGAAGCGUGGCCA